UUGGAGAUGAUCAGAUGACCCCCAGACCCCGAUUAAUAUUCUAGACUGUGUAAAAAGAUAAAAAGAAAGAACAAGGAAGCCGAUUUCUUCUUUUUCUUACAGGCGGGGAGUUUGGUUUGUGUGUAGUGUAGGUGAAUCUAAUUCCAUAUUUUUUUUUCUUUACAGUAUAAUAAUAGAAGAAGAAAAAGAAGAAGAAGUAGAAGCAGUGUUGGAUUUGGGUACAUAAAAUUAAAAAAAAAAAAAAAAAUGUCAAAAUCCUCUUCUUCCACCUCCGCCGGACUGAUCCGAGGUCUUCUUCUGAGGAGGCUCCAAAUCGCUCAGCCAAAUCGCUCCUUUUCUAGUUGUACAUCUACUAUUCCGAGUGUCCCUUCUUACUCUGCUAUUCGUAAUUUCUCAUCAUCCGAAACCAAAACCUCCUUGAUCUCCCAAUUUCAAUUUCAACAUUCUAAACCAAAACCCUCUUUCUCAAACAACACUUUCACUUUCACUUUCAAACCACCUCAUAACCCCAAUCUCUCUUUCACAUCAACUGGGUUUAGGUUCUUCUCUUCUGUCAACAAUGCUAACUUCGCUAGAAAGGUCUUCGACAAGCCCGCCACAGCUCUCUCUUCCGCUUUCUCUCGCUACCGCCAGGCCAUUGGUUUGCAAUUUGAGGCUUUCUUUAAGAGAAACUCUCUCUUUCUCUUUGGGGCCACUGCCGUUUUACUCUGUGCUUUGCUCUGGAGGAUUAUGUUCGGCAUAGCUAAUACCUUCGUUGGCCUCUCCGAAGGCAUGGCCAAGUAUGGCUUUCUCGCCCUCUCUUCUGCUAUCGUCGCUUUUGCUGGCCUUUAUAUCCGCUCAAGAUUAACAAUCAAUCCUGAUAAAGUUUAUAGAAUGGCCAUGAGGAGGCUUAAUACGUCUGCUGGGAUCCUUGAGGUUAUGGGUGCCCCUCUUUCUGGAACAGAAUUGAGAGCCUAUGUUAUGUCAGGAGGAGGGCUUACACUGAAGAACUUCAAGCCUAGUCUUAGGACCAAAAGGUGUUUUCUCAUCUUCCCAAUACGAGGUUCUGAGCGAAAGGGUCUUGUCAGUGUUGAAGUCAAGAAUAAAAAAGGGCAGUAUGAUAUGAAGCUAUUGGCAGUCGACAUUCCCAUGGCAUCAGGACCUGACCAGCGAUUAUUCCUGAUUGGAGAUGAGGAAGAGUACAAGGUUGGGGGCGGGCUAAUAUCUGAGCUAAGAGAUCCUGUAGUGAAAGCAAUGGCAGCAACCAAGGAGUUUGAUGAUCUUGAUCAAAUUGAAGAAGAGGAGGAUGCUGAAAGAGAACUUCAGGAGGCAGAAAGGAAGCACCGUGAAGAAAUCGAGAAGCUUGAAAAAGGUGGCUCACAGUAAUUGCUUCUUAAGAUUUUGUUAUCGCCUGUCCAUUCUGUUGUGUUUUGUUUUACCACAGGAGCUUUUCAAAGAAUGCUUGAGGUUUUGUCUGUCUCAGAUAAAUGGAACUGGUGAAGGGGUGCCAUGCAUCUAAACCAGAGUUGAUUACAAGAUUGACAUUACCUUGUGCUGCUAUUGUCAUCUCUGGAAAUUUCAUGCAUUUUUUAUUAUUAAAGUUGAGACGGGUUGGGACAAAUAAAGCUAACGGUUGAGGCAACAUGUCUGACAACUGACAUGGAAAUUUAGUUUUUGUAAUCUCUGAUCAUCUUUCAUCGAUGGAAAAUGUUUUCUUCUUCCUAA